UCUUUUCAUCUCUCUCGAUCUCACACCUUCCUCCUUCAAGGCGAUCGCCGUCGCUUUAGCACUAAAACAAACGAGGAGGAGCUAGGGCCACGACGAGGAUGAUGACCAUGAAGCACACUCUUCUUCUUCUGCUGCUUCUGCUCCUCCUCUUCCUCGUCUUUUUUGGCGUUAAGGGCGCUCUGGCGUCGCCGGGCAACCGCACGGCGAGGCGAGGGAUCACGUCGCUCAGGAUCGCGAGGAUUCAGCGCCACUUGGCCAGGAUCAACAAACCCGCAGUCAGAACCAUCGAGAGUCCCGACGGCGGAGACAUCAUCGACUGCGUCCCGCGGCACCGGCAGCCGGCGCUCGAUCACACGCUGCUGAAGGACCAUAAGAUCCAGAGAGCUGCGGAGAGGCCGAAGAAGGCGGCAGCGGCGGCGGCGGCUAGGAACGUCAGCGCGAGUGCAUCGCGCAGGGCGUGGCAGGCGUGGCACCACGCCGGGCACUGCCCCAGGGGGACCGUCCCCAUACGCCGGAGCUCCGUCGACGACGUUCUGCGAGCCAAGUCACUGUUCCACUUCGGGAAGAAGACCUUGAUGAGGCCUCCGGCGAGGAGCUCCGACGCGCCUGAUGUGGUCAGCGGCAAUGGCCAUGAGCAUGCAAUUGCUUACACAAUAAACGGUGGCGAGUUCUACGGGGCAAAGGCCACCAUCAACGUGUGGGAUCCAUCCGUCCAAGUAAACAGCGAGUUCAGCCUCUCUCAGAUCUGGAUCCUCUCGGGAUCAUUCGACGGCUCGGAUCUCAACAGCAUCGAGGCGGGCUGGCAGGUCAGCCCUGAGCUGUACGGGGACAGCAGGCCGAGGCUGUUCACUUACUGGACGAGCGAUGCAUAUGAAGCGACUGGGUGCUACAAUCUUCUGUGUUCAGGAUUUGUGCAGACCAACAGAAGGAUCGCCGUUGGAGCUGCCAUUUCACCGGUCUCUUCCUUCCAAGGCGGCCAGUACGAUAUCACAGUCCUCAUUUGGAAGGACCCGAAGCUGGGGAACUGGUGGAUGAGCUUCGGGGACGGCGGAGAUCUGGUGGGGUACUGGCCGGCGGAGCUGUUCAGCCACCUGUCGGAGCACGCCACCAUGGUGGAGUGGGGCGGUGAGGUGGUGGACACGCGCCCCGACGGCUCGCACACCGCCACCCAGAUGGGGUCGGGCCACUUCGCCGCCGGAGGGUUCUCGCGGGCCGGCUACUUCCGAAACCUCGAGGUCGUCGACGCGGACAACACCCUGGCGUCCGUCGGCGCCGGCGUAUCAACGCUCGCUGAGAACACCGACUGCUACGACAUCAGGAGCUUCGCCGGCGACUCUGCCGGCGACGCCGACGGGUGGGGCGCCUACUUCUACUUCGGCGGGCCCGGCAACAACCCGCGGUGCCCGUGACAGAGCUAACACAUCGAUCAUUCGAUCCGAUGGAUCUCUCUCUCUCUUCCGGCGUCUAGUUGCAUGGCGAUGAUUUUGCUGUUUCAUCUAUAAACAUGCAUGCCUUCUUAACUAAUUCAAUAUAUAAAUAUGUUCUAUUCUUUGAUCUUUUAAAAAUUUUAAAAUAGUAU